UAUUGAGUUCACCUACCAAAAUGGAGUUGAUAUCAGUGCUGUACAGAAAGGUUGAGCCUCAGUGUCCAGAAUUCAAGUCAUUUUAUAAUAGUAUGGAGCAAGCGGUUGUCAUUCGAUUUACAGCCUUAAAUGUGGUGUUCCAUAAAGAUGCUAUGUUAGAACUCAAAGAAUUUGUAGAAGAUUUGCUACAAAGUGCCUCACGUUUGGAUUCCAGUGAUGCACUGGAGACCGAACCAGAUCUGCCACCAUCAGGACAACAGAUCCCUGCCCCAUCUAUGGGAGGAAAAUCAGAGGAUUCUGGUAGAGCAACAAUACCUCCAUCAUCAACACAAGGUGUCAUUGAUACACGGAAUAAUAUUCAAUUUUUCAUGAGAGCUCAGCUGGAUUAUUUAUCUCUGACCUUGUGUGAUAGUCAUAACAACAUAGCCGAAGUGUUUGUACGUGAUUUAGAAUCUGGUAUUACUAUGAAACACUCAAGAACAACAAUCAGAGCAAGAUUAAAGGACCUCUCCAUUGAAGACUCUAUGAGUAGUAAUCUUUACACUAAAAUAAUAUGUAUUGAAGAUGCAACAGUAUUUGAUGUUAAGUUUGUUAUUCUCAACCGAGGAGAUUCCGUGGAUACUGGUCUAGCUAUGAAAGAUACAUCAUCCACGCAGCUUGAUUAUACGCUGAGACUCAGAAUGGGACGAGUUCAAUUUGUCUUCCUUAAUAAAUUUGUUAAUGAUGUCAUGAAAUUCUUUGAGCCAUUCACAAAUAAAGAAGUCAUUGCAUCUGCCACUGAAGCUUCUCAAGGAUUUGUUCAGAAACAGGUUGAAGACAUUCAGAGAGAAGGCAAGAAAAUUGGUUUGAAUAUCAACAUUAGAGCACCUGUUAUUUUAGUACCUCAAAGUUCUCAAUCGGCAAACACAUUAAUUGCACAUUUUGGUGAUCUAUCUAUUCGUAAUGUCUACGAAGAAGCUAAGAUCCCGUCUGGUAUCAGUGUAGACCAUAUACCAUAUGUAGACAAAAUGUUAAUAGAACUCAACGCAGUACAAGUAUCAAGGGCUAUGAUCAUUGAGAACCAAGCCUACGGACCACGUCGUCUAAUCAUAGAACCAGUGAGUUUACACAUCGAAGUGAAGAGAGCCCUGCAACCAACUAUUAAAGAAAUAUUAUUAUUUGAUAUUAAAGCAAGGCUAGAAAAUAUCAAGGUCAAUUUAGGCGAGCAAGAUUUAGCUACUAUGCUUGCGAUCACUACGCAUAAUUUAAAAGAAGGCCAAUCAGAAGACACAUUAACAUUACCUCAACAACCAUUCCAAAUUGAAGCAAGAAUUGAAAGUCGAGAUGAAGGAAAGUUAGAAGUGGAAAGUAUUCAGACUUUGAAAGAAGAUAGCGGUAUUGAAGAUGAGUUAGUAGAUGAACGGCCGGAUGUAACAUCAUUGUCUGGUAACUGGAAAGAAAUCCAAGUAUCGUUUGCAAUGGAAGGAGUUGAUCUAGAAUUAUUUACUAAUGAGCCACGACUGGACAAGAAUGGAGCUGCUGGGUUGCAGCUACGAGACAAUAAGCAUGGUUUAUCUCAGUUUAUGAUGCAUGACGUUGGUGUGACUGCAUGUAUAUUUAGUGAUAAAGCUAUGGAAGUCAAGCUAACAUUAGCAUCCAUUAGUUUGGAAGAUAUCAGAAGGAACAGUCCACUUGCCAUAAAAAGAAUGUUUCAAAAGCUAUCACAGUCAACCAAAAAACCUGCGGCUGAUGAAGGUGGAGGAAGUCAAGUUCAGACUAUCAAACCAAUGUUGGAUGUUACUUAUAAACAGUAUAAAAAUAACGACCAAUCAAUUGAUGUUGCUAUCGAAGGCAUUCGUCUCAAUGUAUGCACCCAUUACUAUCUGGUUGUUGUACAGUUUUUUACAAGUGCUAUGCCAACGAAAAAAGAAGAUCCAUUGUCUGAAACCUCUACAUUACCGAUGUCACCAACGUUACCCACACCAGCUGCUGCUCCUCCUGUGAAUCAUAGUUUGAGGGUUUAUGCAACUCUGAAAAGGCCAGAAAUUGUCUUAUUUGCAGAACCCACAAGUAAAGACAGUCAUGUACUUGUGCUGAAGUCGGAAGCUGUAUUUGAUUAUAACAGUCGUAAUGGACAGGACGACAUAGCAGCUGGGAUCACUAAUUUACAUAUGGUUUCAUGUGUGUAUUCUAUGGCAUCCAAAUCCACACACCGGGUGUUAUAUCCAUGUAAUGUUACAUUCACCAGGACUACAUCUCCAUCUUCAGGGGAUGUUAUGUCAGUCACAUUUACCACUCUAGAUCUUCAUAUUUCACCCACAUCUGUGCAUAUCAUUAAAGGCAUAGUCGAUGCAGUCAGUACUUUAAACCAGUCGACUCCUGAGCUUCCGUUACCAGAGGAAGGUGAUGAAAGUGAAAAUUUGUGGACUCCAAAAGCUGUAACACCAGAUGAAUACAUGAGAAACUUACAAGUGCCGGAAAAAGACAGAGAUGAUAUAGAUUUAGGAUUGGAAUUAGCAGACAAAAUAGAGAAGCUAACAAUUGCAAUUCCACGUGUACAUGUGUUAAUAGAAUUAGAAAUAGCCAGAGAGCACGUACCAAUGAUGGCAUUAGAUACCGUGGUUGAAGCAACCCUCAAAAAUUGGUCAAGAUAUAUGCAAGUUACAGCCGAAUUACAGUUGGAAAUGAAAUAUUACAAUGAGAAGCUGGACGUGUGGGAACCACUGAUUGAACCUGUCAUGGAGAAAGAAAAUGUGUAUCGCCCAUGGGAAAUGACUAUUAAGGUGUCAAAAGCUCCAAGUCGAUCGAUUAAUUGUACUAAUACAGCUACACCUUUGGGUAUGGAUACACUAGAUGGAGUAUUACAACCUAUACCAUUACCCAAUGUACAUGAACCAUCAGACAGUGAGACAGAUGACGAUACGGACGACGAUACUGAUAUGGACGGUGAUGGACGUUAUAGCAGUAGUUAUUUUGACAGUAGUGAAGUUGGUUCACCCUCAGACACUGAGAAACAAGAUGAACCGCUUGUCAAAUCCGAUGAGGAUAGUGAUAAUGAAGGAGUAUUUGAUAAAAUUACUGACUUUUUUGGUGGUAUGUUCUCAAGUGAUGAGGAAUCAGAUGAAGAAGAUGAACCUACAGUUGUCCAGGCAACUGAUGUCAUAGCAACAAUACCGGUUGGUGAUGGUGAUUGGGAAGGUGGAGAUGAGGUGGAUGCAGAGGUAUGUGAGGAAUUGGACAGCAUUGCUACGUUUAUUAUCAUUAAUUCAUUGGAUAUGAUGCAAGCCACUCUGACACCCACUGCUAUCAAUAUCAUAAAGGACGUCGCGGACGCAUUUACUAAGUCACCCGAGUUGACGUUACGACAUGUGGAACACAAGCCUGCUUUCAGAUUAGUCAAUACAACUGGAUUGAAAACUAAAUUCCUGAUUCAUCCCAACUUGCUGCAGGUCAGCCCUGUAUUGGAAUCUGCUACCAUGGAAAUGAGGAAUAUACAAGUAUCAAAUGAAGUAGAAACAAAGAAACCUGAUGAGAUGGAUGCUGUUACCUUGGCUACAACAGAAGAUGAUAUAAAGGGCGACAGUGAAAGGUACACUCAUUCUCUUUAUGUCUGGGCAUACAUAAUUGCUGUGCAAUUGUGUUAA